AUGUCGUGCCUCCCACAGAAGCCUCGAUCCACCAGCCCGCUGGAGCUCCAUGCUGCAACAGUGCAGGCGAAUGCGGAGGAGAGCAACAGCUCAGCCUUCCGAUGCCUGGCAUCUUUUCCCAUGUACACCGUGCCUCUUCCAACUCUUCUACACAUGACCGCAGCUCGAGUCCAGGCAUUUGAGGAGUUGCUGGAGGCCGGAGUUUUGGUGGACUUCGACGAAAGCAUGGGGAAGGCCAUUUUCGUGUCCCACCAGUGGCUCAGCACUCACCAUCCUGAUCCAGACGGGCAACAGUUAAAGGUCUUACAGGAUGCCUUGAAGAACCUCUUGGCUGAUCGCAGCCGCAUCUCCACCUCCGUGGUCACCGAGAUCUUUUAUGGCCAAUCGCCCACCCCAUCGGCGAAAGACCUGAGAACGACACCUCUUUUCCUAUGGUAUGAUUAUUUCAGCUGCCCUCAAAAAUCACAGGCUGACCAGCUUAGGGCAAUCAACAGCAUUCCCAGCUACGUGGCCAGAUGCCUCUACUUCAUGAUUCUCUCGCCGGCGCUCAAGCACGAGUCUCGUUCAGAGAUCUUGAGUCAGUGGACGUGGGCUCAGCGAGGAUGGUGCAGAGCAGAGCGCAUGGCUCGUGAGUUGGCCCCCUCAUCCGGAUUUGUGAUUAUUGUGGAGAGCGCCACGCACCAGACCCUCUUGCCGGAAUUUCAGUCAUUCUUGUAUUCUCCCGGAGAAGGUCGGUUUACCGUCACAGAGGACAGCCACAAGGUGGCCAGCAUAGUGGUGCAGCUUAUUUGGAACAAGCUGCUUCUUUGCUUGAGAGAAGGCGACUUGCAUAACUACCGGUUCAUUUUGAACCAACAAGCCACACGACUUCGCAACUUGAACAUCGACCCGGUCGACUUGGCAAUUCCAGGCUUCAAUCCGAGUCAGGAUCCGUUUGUAAAUCCUGAGGCGUUUGCGCUUGCAAGGUUCAUGCACCAGAACGGUUUUGAGGCAGUCACGCAGAUAGAUGAAGCAGGAUGGUCACCGCUGUGCUAUGCUGCUAUGAAUGGCAGCUCAGCUGUGGUGUCGGAGCUGUUGAGACGCAGGGCAGAUGCGAACGAGUGUACACAGAAGGGUACCAAGGAGGCACAGUUUCCAAAGAAGAUGACAGCUCUCUCCCUCAGUGCUUGCUUCAGGAGCAAUGAGGUCAUGCAGGUGCUCUUGAGUGCUCGAGCAGCGGUGAAUGUCAGGGAUGGUCGCCGGCAAACCGCUUUACAUUGGGCAUGCAUCUCCAACAAUGCCGAAGGCGUAAGGAUUCUCGUCAAAGCCGGAGCAGAUGCUGAGAUGUUGGCGAUCACUGGACAGAGUGCUUUCCAGCUUGCUUGUUCAGCGGGCGCAUUGGAAGCCAUCAGUGAGAUGCUCUUGCAGUUUCCGAAACAAGACCUCCAAUACAGCUUGCACUUCGCAUUUCUUCUGGGAGGUGGCUCAGGCCACUUGGUGAGAACUCUCUUCGAGGCCAAAGCCGAUGUGAAUGAGCGGCUUGAGCUGCUGCAGAGCAAGUACUUGCUCCUGUGGACAUUGUGCAAAGCAGCCAGCUUCUCCCACAGAGUCGGUGCUUCCACGCGUUUGAGGGAGUUGGCUUUCCAUCACAGACGGGCCACCCCGCUGAUGUUCAGCGUAAUCUGCGGCGCCUUCGAAGCUACGUAUGCACUACUCGCCGUUGGGGCUCGCCGAGACCUGCGGAACUCUCGCGGACGGACUGCUGUGGAUCUCGCCGUCGAAAUCUGCGCACCUCCUGCACUGGUUGCCAAACUCAAUCCUGCGCAGGAGCUUGCGGCACUGGACGAGGAGUUCGUGGCAGUGGAGGAAGAACCCGACGACGAGAUGAUUUCCGUCUACAUAAGCUGA